GGAUACGACGCCGCUUAUAGCGUUUUCUAUUUUCGGCGUCAUCUAAAAAUCCCAUCCCCCGAUUUUCUUCUAUAAAUAGUCAAGCUUUUCUAACCCAAAAAUCAAGCUCAUUCAAACCUUCUUCCCCUCCAUCUUUGCAUCAAUUUCCUCUGCUCUCCCCACAUCACCUCUUCCUUCUCAUUUCCUCCUCACUUCCAUUUUCUUUUGCUUUUUCUCUAUUAUCCAUUCCAUCUUCUUCUUUUUGAUAUCUAUCUAUUUUUACUCAUCUUUUGACUUCAAAAUUUGCAUUGUUUAUUUUUCUAUUUUUGAAAUUUUUUUUUUAUUAAUUUGAAGAGAAUUCAUCAUGUGUGGAAUUCUAGCGGUUUUGGGUUGCUCUGAUGAUUCUCAGGCCAAAAGGGUUCGCGUUCUUGAGCUCUCUCGCAGGCUGAAGCAUCGUGGUCCAGAUUGGAGUGGGAUAUACCAGCAUGGUGAUUGCUAUCUUGCUCACCAGCGCCUUGCAAUUAUUGAUCCGGCUUCCGGCGAUCAGCCCCUUUACAACGAGGACAAAAAGAUCGUCGUCACGGUCAAUGGAGAGAUCUACAACCACGAGCAAUUGCGCAAGAGUUUGCCUAAUCACAAGUUCAGGACCGGCAGCGAUUGCGACGUCAUUGCUCAUCUUUAUGAAGAGCAUGGAGAAAAUUUUGUGGAUAUGCUAGACGGGAUGUUUUCAUUUGUACUGCUGGACACCCGGGAUAACAGCUUUAUUGCUGCUCGGGAUGCCAUUGGAAUUACAUCCCUGUAUAUUGGUUGGGGGCUUGAUGGUUCUGUUUGGAUUGCAUCUGAGCUGAAAGGUUUGCACGAUGAUUGCGAACAUUUCGAGGUCUUCCCACCCGGGCACUUGUACUCUAGCAAGGCCGGUGGCCUCCGGAGAUGGUACAAUCCUCCAUGGUUCUCGGAGUCUAUUCCUUCGACCCCUUAUGAUCCCCUCGUCCUCAGGCGUGCUUUUGAAAACGCUGUGAUCAAGAGAUUGAUGACUGAUGUACCUUUUGGGGUAUUGCUAUCUGGAGGCCUUGAUUCAUCUUUGGUUGCUUCGAUUACCGCCCGCUACUUGUCCGGUACCAAGGCAGCUAAGCAAUGGGGAGCACAGCUUCAUUCCUUCUGCGUUGGUCUUGAGGGAUCUCCAGAUUUGAAGGCUGCCAAAGAAGUUGCUGAUUACUUGGGCACCGUCCAUCACGAAUUUCACUUCACCGUCCAGGACGGUAUUGAUGCAAUUGAGGAUGUCAUCUACCACAUCGAGACAUACGAUGUGACGACGAUCAGAGCCAGCACUCCGAUGUUUCUCAUGUCGCGCAAGAUUAAGUCUCUCGGGGUUAAGAUGGUGAUAUCUGGUGAAGGAUCUGAUGAGAUAUUUGGUGGCUAUUUGUAUUUCCACAAAGCACCAAACAAGGAAGAGUUCCACCGGGAAACAUGUCAAAAGAUAAAGGCCCUUCAUCAGUAUGACUGUUUGAGGGCAAACAAAUCCACAUCUGCCUGGGGUUUAGAAGCUCGAGUCCCAUUCUUGGAUAAGGAAUUCAUCAAUGUUGCCAUGAGCAUAGACCCUGAGUGGAAGAUGAUUAAUAAAGGACAGGGUCGGAUUGAGAAAUGGAUCCUUAGAAGGGCUUUUGACGAUGAAGAGCACCCUUAUCUCCCAAAGGUUCAAAAUUUCAGUAAUUUUUCCCCUUCAUCAAGAGGUUUUUGUGGAUGAACGUGUCACUAACUUAGGGUGUUUCCAUCUGUUGCAGCAUAUUCUGUACAGGCAGAAAGAACAAUUCAGUGAUGGUGUAGGCUACAGUUGGAUUGAUGGCCUUAAAGCCCAUGCUGAACAACAUGUAUGCAGAUUGAUUCAUCUUAUUUCAACAUUGUUUAUAUUCACUAAAGGAUCCACAAAUUUUGAUAUGAAUUUAUCGAUCUGUGCUUGCAGGUGACUGACAAGAUGAUGAGCAAUGCUAAACACAUCUUCCCUCAUAAUACACCAACCACGAAGGAAGCAUACUACUAUAGGAUGAUUUUUGAGAGGUUCUUCCCACAGGUGACCUUCAUACCAUUCACGAAAUUUCCAGACAGUCAUUAUAUCUUUGGAAAAACUAACAUAUAUUCUGAAAACCCCAUUGUUACAGAGCUCUGCGGUACAAUCUGUUCCAGGGGGAGCUAGUGUUGCCUGCAGCACGGCUAGAGCCGUGGCAUGGGAUGCUUCAUGGUCAAAGAAUCUUGAUCCUUCAGGCAGAGCUGCCAUUGGUGUCCACAAUUCAGCUUAUGAGAAGCAUCUCCCUGUUGUUGCAAACGGGAACUUGGCAACCAAAAUGAUUGACAAUGUGCCCAGAAUGGUGGGAAUGCCGGCAAAGGAGCUCGCAAUUCAGAGCUAACGUUUUGAAUCAAAAGCUGGAUGCAUGCUUGUGUUAAUGUAGAAGAUGCAGGAUGAGUUGGUUUUUUAAGGUUCCCUGCUGUAUUAGAUAUAUGUAAAAUUAAAUAAGAGCCAUGUUGGCAGUUAUAUAAAUCUUGGUGAGACGGUAUUGUAAUGUAAGCAGUGAUUCCAAAUAGCCCGACUUUUAAGUUGUGCUACUGCUACCUGUGUUUUUAUGUAAUCUGUUAAAAAUCAUUGUUUUUGAUAAUCUGGUUUGUUCAAAGGCUCAUUAUCUUCUUUAUGAUGGAUCAGUAGCUGUAUUAGGUACAUGUAAAAAAAAUAAAAAAUCAAAACAGGAGAUACCUAAAGCUGCAAACCCAAAGAAAUCUGCCAGUUUUAACCUCUGAUGACAGAACAACACAAGUAGUUCAGAAAACAACAAACUGCAACUUUACUAAAGCAACCUUUCAACUAGAAGAAACAACUUAAAAGGUUGUGUCAGAAAAGGGUGAUCUUACAAGCUGGAGACAAUCUAGAAGACCUGAGUAUCUUGUCAAGCAACUCGAACUCUUUCUUGGGACGAAGGCCCAAGUCAGGAGACUGUAUUACAUCAAUUGUUGCUGAGUGUAUUACAUCAACUUCUUUCAGCAACAGAGCAUGAUUUGAAAUAAACUUCAACAUAUCCAUCUCUACUUCAAGGCCUUGAAAUCCCACAAGAGUAAAAUGCGUGAGACUGGAUACCAAGCAUUCGGGAACAGUGUCAGGAUCUCUCCAACUGUUGUGAAUUUGUUCGUCAAUUCUGCAGUUCACAAUGAAGAGGACCUCUAAUGCGGGACAACAGUGAAUCAACUCCGUCACACAACUCAAUUCAUCUUCGAAGUCAACGUUGAUGAGCAAACUGGCCAGUCUCUGAAAUCUUGCCAACGGUUUGUUAGGGGUGGCUCCAAAAAGAGUUGAUAUAGCUCUGCUUGAUAUUUUCAUAGUCUUCACGCGAUCAAAAGCUGGAAUGAUCCCAACAACCGAUUCGUGUGGAAAAAGAAGGGAUUCGAGAUUUAAUUCAUUCAGAGAUGUCAACCUUUGGAAAGAAAAUACUUCGUUUUGCUCAAGACCUUCAAAGCGUAGAUACUCGAGUGCAGGUGUAUCAAUUUCCACUCUGAAUCGAAUAGCAGAGUCGUAACGAGAAUGUGCGUACUCAAGAUGUUUUAAUGAAGCGGAAGAUAUUCUACAAACCACCAUGUUAUCAGGCCGAAACCUGUCUAUUUUCAGAGAUUGGAGGACUGGAGAACCAGAGAUUAGGUUGCUCAAAGAAUCAUCCGAGUCAUACCUAAUCCAUAUUAGUUCCAAAUCUCUAAGUUUUGGAAGACAAACCAAUCGACUUACUUUAAGGCUAAUAGCUGAUCCUCGUAAUUUCAGAGCUUGUAAUGUACCGCAAGUAUAGAGUUCACCAGGUAGCUGAAACUUAUGCAAAUCCCAGGGAUCAACAUGAUACCAAUCCAACCACAAAUCAAGAACUCGAAUUUGUCGGGCUAUUGCAGCACUGACCCAUGGGUUGAUAUGGAGAUGAAAUUUCGGGUUAUGAACAGAGAGGCGAAACCCAUUGAUGGGGAUUUCAUCACAGUGAUUGACCAAAACCAUAGAAACAUAUUCUUCGAAACCCUUACCGCGAACAUCAUCAGGACGCUUGUGGCCCCUGUAAGGAAAUCUGUCUUCAUCAUACCACAAUCCAUCACUAAAAUCAAAGUCGGCGACUUUAGUCCAAUGACGGCUCCAACUUUUGGACAAAAACCUAGUUGCUAGGACCUGUUUUGUGGUAAGAAAGGAGAGGAUGUGGCAGAUGAUUGAUUCGGGUAAAUCGCUAAUCCGAUCAACUGGUAUCACAUCACUAUCAUCAGCAAACCUUUGCAGGUUUUGGGUGACAUUCUCGCCGUUCUUUCCUUCCAUUGAGUUAAGUCUCUGCGUUCUGGAUGCCUCAGCGUUUUCUGUGAAACCCUAAUCAGAUGUUUGAAAGCAGAGAAUCUCGUAUACGAGUACUUCUCGGGCCCAAGUUGUAAAAUGAAAAGAAAACUUUGUGGACUAACAACAAACUUAGCCCAGUGAACAGAUACAUAUUCGGCCCCUCCAAUGCUCAUUUCUUUGCGGCGUUGUAGGCCUCAAAACCUUUCUACAAUUUCUUCCAAGUGCUCCAAAAGUACCUGUAAAAUGAAAGUUUUGGAUUCUGCUCACUUCUUCAACGAAUUUCCUGAAUUUUUACUGAAGAAAUCAGGUUCAGGGUUCUUUGCUAGUUGAUACUCUACCAACUUCUUCAUUCCGUUUUUCUCUUGAUGUGUGUGUUUUCCAAUGCUUUAUUCUUUUCUUUUCUUUUUUUCAUUUUUAAUAUAAUUGAAGUGAAGGACAUCAUGGUUAUGCUUGUUCCCGACUUCCAUGGAGGAUCAUCAUUCAUGAGUUUCAAAACACAGAAUCACCCAGAUUAGGAUCGCCUUUACCGCAAUUUAAAGAAGUUAAUAUACCUACAGGAACUUCAUUUACACUGUUGGAACCAAAAUGCACUUCAAGUCUCCGGAUAGAAAGUUCAUUUGCAUUGUGUUCCCCAACAAAACUUAACAAUCCCAGAAACAUCAAUCUAACUCUAGCAACAUAUGAUCCAGGACACUAAAGCAAUUGAAAUGAAAUGCAUCUUCCUACAAACAAAUUGAACAAAAAAAACUAUCAAAGCUACAAAUUCGAAGAAGACAAACCACAGAUGACAAUAGGCAAAGUAGUUUUAGCACAUAACCAGUGCAGUUCUAAAAUGGAUUUGAACUUUGAACAAAGUACAGAUCCCAAAAGAUGAUCCACUUUUUUCAUCGGGUGUCCCCGAACAAAAUAGACAUUGUAUAUCUAGAGAUCUUAAGAAUGAGAGAAUGAGAACUUGAGAUGUUAAGAAUGAGAGACGCCUUGGACUUGAACAUCUCCUUUAGUAAACUAAUUUCUUUUUCAUGAUAACCAAGCCAGCCAAAAGGGAAUAUAUCAAGUCUUUUCAUCACUAAAGCAUGACUUGAAAUGAACUUAAACAUGGCCAUCUCUAUUUCUCGGCCUUCAAAUCCCCGAUAAUAAACUUCUGAGAGACUGGAAAGCAAGCAUCUGGGAACAAUAAUAGGUUCCCUACAACACCCGUCGUCAAAUCGUCCAUUGGAAGUGCGGAUGCUCAGUAUCUCUAACGCAGUACAAAACUCGAUCAAAUCCAUGAGAUAGUUCAAUUGGUCAGAGCGGUCAAUCUCGACAACCAACUCGGUUAGUCUCUCAAACCUAGCUGAGAGUUUCCUAGAGUCUCCACUAAAAUUAGCCACGGUUCCGAAUGAUAAUUUCAUAAACUUCACACAUUCAAGAGCUUGAAUGAAGCCAACAGUCGUUUCUUGUAGCCUAACAUUCACUUUAUUCAGAGAAGUUAAGGGUUGCAGAGAUAUGAUCUCCUUUGACUCGGGACACAUCUGUACGAGUGACAGACACUCGAGGGCAGGUGUAUCGAUUUUCAGCUCAUGUUGAAGAUCAACAUUCGAUCCACUGUGCCAUCCAUUAUGUCUGUAAGCAAGACUCUUAAGCACUGGGGAAGCAAUGGUAAAAACCACCAAGUUAUCAUUGCGGCACCUUUCAAUUAUGAGAGACGGGAGGAGCGGAAAACCGGAAAUAAGAUUAUUAAGAGACUCACCCAAUUCAUAUCUAACCCACUUUAGUUCUAAAUCAGUAAGCUUUGGAAGACAAACCACAGGGGGGCACUUUAACACAGAUACCAGGCCGACUCAAUUUCAACACUUCAAGUGUCCCACAAGUGUAGAGUGAACCUGGUAACUCUGACACAUAUUUAUCAUCGGCAUACGAACAAUAAUUAGAGACAACAUCCAAAUCAAAGACUCGAAGAUUUCGGGCAAUAGCAGUGUUAAGCCAUGUAUGAAGACAAUCAGAAUCGAAUUUUAAGUUUUCUAGUUCGAGACGAAACCUGUGGAUGGAGAGUCCAGCACCCUGAUUCUGCAAAACCAUGUUAACAAACUCUACAAACUUCAUCCCGCCUAUUGGAAGAAGAUUUCCUCUGGUAACGCCACAACCGAUUGUCAAAAUGGAAGUCGGUUACUUUUGUCCAACGAUGUUUCCAACAUUUGGACAAGAAGCUUGUUGCAACCACUGAUUUUGUGGGAAGGAAGGAGAAGAUGUGGCAAAUGAUUGAUUCGGGUAGGUUACUAAGCCGGUCGACCGGGGUCGAUAUCAGAAGCGCCACCGGAAUUUGAAGAUCUUUUAAGCUUUUACCGGUUUGCCAUUAAAUUUGAGGAUUGAACUGUAGGUCUAGAGAGAAAUUCCUGCUGAUUUUUUUCAGGGGAAACUGGAAAACCUAAUCGACGUCGAAUCCCAAAUGCUAUUUGUU